UGUAUGAUGCUGUGUUGUUAUGAUCUUAAGUAAAUGAGUAUUGUCAAUACCGGAAACACUUUGACAAAUUAAGUUGUACAUUAACAAAUGUAUCUUGACUUUCUUCCAGUUCAGGACUGUGUGAUAGUGACAAUAUGUGUUUGUUUGGAAUAUUAGGAGUGCUCAUAGUUUUAAAUAAGUCGACACACGCUGAGAAUUACAGGGUCAGUAAAGACUCAACGGAAUGGCUUCAAGCAACAUGUAACAUGGCUGCGCCACAACUUUCGUACAAUAACGUCUUCUUUGAAGUGAAGGAAACCAGUGGCAAACUACAGACCUCAGAUGUUUGGAUAGGCUAUGUAAUAGCUAAAGUUCCAUUUUACUUCCAUGGUUGCGCCGUCGUUCAGAAUGAGACACCAUACACAGUAACUAGUAUCGGUUAUUGCAAAAGUGUGUGUGUCAAUUCAACACUAUUUGGAGUACAGACAAGUCAUUUCCAAAAUAUAGUUAACCCGGCGGUAUCAAUGAACUGCCGCUGCGUCACUAGAUCUUUGGAUGCAAUCUCAUUUGGAAAAUGUGAUGGCACACGAUGUGAAGAAGGCUGUUAUGCUGUCUUCUCUCAAAUCACAGCAAUUGGCUACAUAAAAGACACGGGAAGUGAUGGAGAUUGCCUUGCUUACUACAACGCGGCAUUCAGUUGGCAAGCCUGUACAAGGUUAUACUCUAUCAAGCCAUUGUGUAGUACCGGUAUAGCUACAGGUAUGCACACAAAGAUGACAAUUUAAAACAAAUAUACAGUUAAGGCUCUUCAAACACAUACCAAUAAUUCAGCUUGUACAUUUAUAUUAAACCGUUAAAACAAUAAACCUUAACUCAAAUAGCAUGCCUGAUAAAGAUUGGUCUGAACUGCUAAAAUCAUUCAUGUUUGGGAAACCAUUAGGAUAUUGUUGCUUGGACAAAACCUUACCAACCCCAAA